AUGAGUACAGAUAUCUGCGUCAACAUCGUUGAUGAAACUGGAGAGAUGGCCCAUCUCAAGAUUAAUACUGCUGAUUCUAUCGCUAAGCUCAAGGAGGAGAUCUGUAAGGUCAGAGGCUGGGAGAUGGACAACCUUCGUGUUGGCUUCAAGGGCAAGGAGCUAGGCCCUACUAAAGAUCUUGAGACUAUCGAGAAGGUCAACAUCCAAGAAGAUAGUACUAUUUAUUGUUCCACCCAGCUAGAUGGAGCUGGCUUCUGGAGUUGGCUUGGUAUUUCAAUAGUCAUUCCACUUGUUAUGAACAUAUUCAACUAAUCUUUGCUCUUUAUGCUUGGAUUCUGAUUUUGUGACUUUUCAAUA